AUGCCUGGAAUAUACUCCAGACCGCCGCGUCGAGCCGAGUUCGCAGCGGACGUGCGGUGUCUGCUAUCGGCUGCCGAUGAGCUGUUUGCGUUAGGGGAUUUAUGGGAGGGUCAUGUGCAUCUUUUGGCCGAUUCUAUUGAAGCAGAGCUGCAAACGGCUAGAGAGGAGGCUCUACGUGACCACAAAGAAGGGGCGGAAACUCGCAAAGGCCAACAGGAAGCCAGAAAAGAGAAGAUGCAAAUGCAGCAGCUCAUCGCUCGCAAACAUAUUCAAGUAGCCGAAGUAUUUUUCGAAUGCGGAGUCCACCAAUUGUUUUGCAAGAUACUAAAAGAAAAUAGCUUAAAUGCCAGCUGCGCUGCAUUAGAACGUAUUUUGGGAGUGUAUCAGCUAUUUUCAGUGAUGGAGGUUGAUCCUUUUGACGACGACAUGGGGGUUGUGUCUGUGUUGAAUUACUUUUUGUCGGAACGACAUUCCUUUUACGUCGACAUCAAUUGGCUGGACGCACAGCUGCAGCACAUGCAGCUGUUUCUUUCUGCUUUUCUUGCUUUUAACGCCUUUCCACUCCCCGUGCAAACGCCUCCAUCUAUGUCUCCACCCAGCACAGCUUCGCGAGGCAGCACAGAAGCAGCAGAAGAAGAAACAGAAAACGAACUUCAAGACAAAGGCAAGAGUGUGCAAGAACACUUAACGGCACGUGAAAAACAAAUGCAACUCAAAGUCACGGCCCUCAGAAUUCUACAUGCAGCUCUCAGGACAUUUCCCCCACAUCGAGUGGUGUCCCAAAUGGCAUUUUGUUUUUCUCGCGUUCGUUGCUCCGAAUUUCUAAACGGUCUGUGCGAUAUGCUGUCUUCCUCGUCGCCUCCUCAGCCCGAACUUAUCAGCCUUCAAUUGCGGACAACAGCAGCUGUUGCUGCCUUCGGCAUCGGCCCGUCCAUCAGCAGGAGGGCUGUUCGCGCUGCUCUUUGCUGGUCUUCAGCAACAUUUGCUUGCCGGGAAGAAAGGUGUCCGUGCAGUUGCUGCGAGUUUGAUCGCCGCCUAUUGAAGCUGCUGAGAAGGCGAGACGAACUAGGAGUGAUACGCUCUGCUGAGGCUAAACGCCAAAUUUGUCUGUCUCUUAUUCGAGGGGGUCUCCCGCAAUUCCUGGUGCAGCUGCUGAAGGCAACAAAGAAGGCUGCCGGAGAGUCGAAGGAGAGCCUGGCUGAUAACACCUUGGAGAGUCUUUCUUGGGUUUUACUGCUGUGUUCCUGGGCAUACGAAGAUGCCCACCAAGGAGAGUCUAUUCUGUCUGCUAACUCCUUUCUGCUUACUCAACUGUUGCUGGAUUUGCUCGAUCCCAGUAACUCUCCCGCGGCUGCAAAGCUUUUGGAUCUAGGAGGAGCUUCGAGUCUGCUGCGGGUUUUUAUAGCGCUCGUCCUCAGAGCUAAAGACGAAGAAAGAAAAGUGCUGAUGAACCUCUGCCGCGAAACUUGCUGGCGCAUAGCCAUAUGCCUACACACCGCACUGCUGCAGGUACACCCGGCAGAUCGAUCGGAAGCAUUAAAAGACAAAGACAGCCAACGAAACGUUCCACCGAACGGCGAUAGCAUUCCAGAUCAAAAUUCCUCUUUGCCAGUAGACAGUUCCGCAAGAGACCCUGCAGAGAAGGCCCUCAACACGUCGCUGUUGCUCUUCAGCCUCGCCGAGCUGCUUCUAGACCCCAAAACCAACGAAACCCCCACUAAGCACGACCAGGAACAGAAGCAACAAGUGCAAGUCCUAGAGAAGCAGCAAGUGCAGCAGCAGAAGGAGCAGCAACAGCCCGUGGCGAUUAUGCUGGAUGCGUUGAACGCCCUGAGUUCCUUGUUUGAGUAUUUGAUGCCUCGAUUUUCCGACUUGCUGGAGAAAAAAAAGGGAGAAGAGGAGGAGGUUAGCAACAUGAAGACAAGAGAAGAUUUUCAGCGCGAGCCACCCCACGAAGUAGUCGGCCCAGCAGGCUUUGAACCCCGCGAGUUCUUCUUAGGGGUCUUUGGGUUGAUGGCCGUCCUUGUGGGGGCUCUAAAGCUGCAGGGAAUUGAACAACUGCGCUGGCGACUCGUCUCUAGUCCUUUGGAGAACGAGAGGUGUGAAGUCGUGAAGAAAUUCGCCACAUUGACAAUCCUUCGAUCCGAACAGGCAGCCGGCCUUGUCCUCAGAGGGAGGCACCCCAGCGAGAAAAGAGCAGAAGAACAAUCCAAUAAAUAA